AUGGGCAGCCGGCCCCACAGCCCCAGCGCCUGCCCCGCGCCCUUGUGGGGACCGCAGCCCGGAGGACCCCGCCCUGCCAAGCGCCGCCGACUGGAGGAGCCAGCGGGCCUCCAGCCCGGCGCGGUCCCCAGCCUGGAAGACUCGGCGGGGCCCCCGGGCGCGGACGCGCUCACCUCCGUCGUGGUCCUGGCCGCGGGCUGUGCCUUGCGAGUGGCCCUGGACGACGUCGACCUGGUGCUGGAGCCCGCGCCAACCUCGGUCCUGCAAGUAUCCCUCGAAGGGCACACGCUCAUCCUGGUCCCUGAGGUCCUCCUCGAAGGCUCGGGAGGGCAGGGCGACUCGUCUGGUGGCCUGGAACCGGGCGUUUUUCUGGUCCCAGAGAUCGUUGCCCAAAAAGAGGCCUUCAAGGAGGGCGUGGACCCCGAAUUCCCGGCACCCUGGAUGGCCCCUCCCGCCGGCUCAGCCGCUGAGCUCCAGCCCUCCGCCAGCAGGGUGUCCAGCCCCGACCCUCAGGGCCCGGUCCCUGAGCCCAGUCCUCUGGCUCCCAGCCUUAGUCCAGGGAGACGCUGCCCACGCCCGAUCUUCGACCUGGAAUUCCACCUGCUGGAGCCCUUCCCCAGUUCACCACUCCAACCUCUACCUCCCUCCCCAAGUCCAGGUCCCCCUGCGCGCCCGGCGCGCUCUCCUCGCCCUGGGUGCAAGGCCCGGAGAUGCUUGUUUCCGGAAUGA